AUGCAUUUAAAGCUUGCGUUUAAAAAACACGCCAGUUCGGAAUACAUAUCAAGUGUGGAGAAGGCCCUGGAGAAUCUUUUUCAGUUUCCCGCCUUUGACUACGAUGUUUCAAACAUCUUCAAGAAUGCUGAGAAGCUGGAUAUUAUCACAGGGUCCAUCGAGCGAUCGGUGCUAUCAGAAAAGUAUCUAAACAAGGUAUACGAAGAUUUUAAAAUGAUGAAAAAGAGAAUCCCAAAGGGGGUCCACGCUGAGGAGAUUACUCGAAGAGUACUGUCCAAGUCUCUGAAAGAUCUUCUAUUCAUCAUUAACGUAAUCAAGGCUCAGAGAAUUAUUGACCUAGGACAAAUACCCAACUUGCAACCCGAGCUUAUCACACUUUUCAAGAAUUACGUUUUCGCGCUCUGGAAGUCUCAAGGCAUGAAAUUGGAUCGUUUAUCGAAAAUCCUUGCGCAUACGGACGACCCUGAGAAUAACCUGGUGAAAUCUUAUAAGCUUUACCUGUCGAUGAAGACAAAAUUAGUGUUGCUCGAUCAGACUAAUCAUUGA